GCGCCAGCUGGGAUUCCGGGCUUUUGACAGAAUCCAACGUGUAUAAAGUAAAGCGUGGAUUAAAUUUAUGUAGUUAAAUUAAGAAUUUCAUUAUAAUAAAAAGUAAAUGAAUUAAAAGUUUUAGUGUGUUUAUUUUACAAUUUAAGAAUAUAUUGUACGUGAUAUAAAAAUUACUUUAUUAGCACAAUAAUAUAAAAUAAAUAAAAUGAAUAAUUCAGUGUUAUUAACUCUUUCUAUUGUUAUUGGAUUAAUAUAUACUGUCAUAGCUUUGAAAAAUGAUGAAUGUGAAGUAUGUAUAAAUACUGUGGAAAGAUUUGUUAAUACUUUAAGUGAAGAUGUGAAAAUAGAUACAAAAAAAAUAGAAGCAGCAUUUAAAGAAUUUUGUAAAGGUACUAAAUCUAAGGAAAAUAGAUUUUGUUAUUAUUUAGGUGGACUAGAAGAAUCUGCCACAGGUAUUUUAAGUGAAUUGAGUAAACCUAUAUCUUGGUCCAUGCCUGCAAAUAAAAUAUGUGAAAAAUUGAAAAAAAAAGAUUCUCAAAUAUGUGAUUUGAGAUAUGAAAAACAAAUUGAUAUUAAUACUGUUGAUUUGAAAAAACUUAAAGUACGUGAUUUAAGGAAGAUUUUAAGUGACUGGGAUGAAACAUGUGAUGGUUGCAUAGAAAAAACGGAUUUUAUUAAACGAAUUGAAGAACUAAAACCUAAAUAUUCUCAUAGUGCAAAAUCAGAACUCUGAAAAAUGUUCAAAAAUAUAGAUAAAUUAUUAUGUUAGUGUGGCUAAGCUUUCAGGUAUUUUUUUUUUUUUUAAGUGAUUAAUAGUAUUUAUAUUUUUUCCUUCUAAAUGAAUAUACAUCAAUAAUUUUGUACAAUUAGUUUUAUUAAAUUUUUAAAAGCCAGUAUAAACAUUUAAAUUUCAGUGAAUGAAAUUAUAUUUCAUUAAAUUUUUUAUGUUAAUUAUGGAAUAUGUUAGAUAUAAAUCUAAAAUUAAUGUUGAGCAAUGAAAAUUUGUUAAAAAAGGAUAAUUCCUUUUAAUGUAGCCAUGCUAAUACAAAUUAAAUAUCAUAAAGGUGCUCCGUUUUUAUCAUACUAAUAUUAGACAAAUAUAAAUAACUCAAAUUUUUCAUAUAAUAAAUUAUUUUCAUGUUUUUAUCUUUCAUUGCUCUUCCUCAACUAUUCUGAUACAGUGCGUUUAUACAUGUAUAAAUCCUAUUUAUAUCAAGAAGCCGUGUACUAUAUAAUCACAUAUGUAUUUGUGAUAAAUUAUCAAUAUAUCAAUGUGUUAUAUGUA